AUGUAAAUUGAAUAAAGCAUCUUUUUUGAUGAAUUUAAUUCACAGGAGCUCUUAGAAAUCUCUAAAUGCAUAUCAGCUAUCCCUGAUCUAAUCGAUAUUAAUGUAAAAUAUUAUUCCAUUAUUUUAUAGUUAACUUUCCUUAACAUUUCCCAAUUUACCUACUCUGCUUAAUUACAAAAUCAAAUCGCUACUAAUAUAAAGUUGUAUAUAAAUUUAACCUUAUAUCAAGUGAAAACUCAUCACACUUGACAGAAUCACAAAAAAAUCUAGAAGUUGUUAUCAUGCAAUAACUUACUGUCCAAGCCAAAUUACAAAAUAAUUUACAUUUUGGCUUAUUUUUAACAAAUAAAUAAUCAGAAUGUAAUUUUCCCUUCUUAAUUUAAGCUCAGCACUCAAAUCAAUGUAAACGGAUAAAUCUAAAUAAAUUAUUAAUUGCAGCAGAAAUUCUUAAAUUGGAAUUUAAUUUGUAUCAUAUUUAUUCUUAUACAGAAAAAAUCUGAUGGACUCUUAUCCAAUUAAAUAUUCAAUAGCAGAAUAUAAUCAGCUUUUUUAACAACUCCACUGUCUGUUCGUAAUUCUAUUUAUAUGGGCUAAAGUGAAGUCUUACUAACUAAUGAUUAAAUUAAUCAACAAUCUCAUUAAUAAAAUAAGUAUAGAUGGAUUCAUUAAAUACCUUUUAAUAUCACUCAAAAAAGAUAAUAAACAACUUAAACUCAGAAUAAAUCCAAACCAAGAUAUUUUGUUUAAGAUUAUUCUUAAUUAAACUAAAAUCCUUAUACAGAUCCUAAAUAAAUUAAUAAGCAAUUUCAAAUAACUGGCUGGUUAAGUUCAAAAAUUAAAUAACAUAAUAGUAACAGUAUUGAUGACUAAAAUUAAAAAUUAUAAUAAAAUUAGAUUACCAAUUAAAACUCCGGUUUUAAGUUGAUUAUCAAACAAUAGAAAAUAUAAUCAAAUAAUAAUUAAUCUAAAGAGGGACAUAUUAUAAUUACUCUACCUAAAUCAAAAAAGAAAUUUGACAGUUUCUCUUCAAAAUAGAAAAAACAUUCAAAUAGCGUGGAUUAAAUUAACAUUAAUCGACAUUUUAAAAGAUUGCUAUAAACUUCAGAACCUAGAGAAUUAUACGCUAAACCAUUCUUUUAUUCAUAAUAUUCAAAAAUUUCGAAAAUUACUGUUUCAUCAUCUCCAGAAAGUUUAAUAUCAAAUUUAUACAAGCCCAACAAAAAAUAGAAGAGAAAGUUCUAAAAUUAUAGUAAUACUGACGAUUACCUUCAAUAAUAAUAUUAUUCAGAUGAUAGUUUUGAGGGUAAGUCUUAAAAAAUCAAUAAAGUAGAUUUAUAUCAAUUGUCAUAAGUAAGAUAAAACUCUCUCCGAAAUACUUAUGAGUAAUCAAAUUUUAAUUUUACAUCAAGCAAGAAAAAUAACUUGAAUUCAUAUAAACAUAUUUAAAAUGAAUAUCAGGAAAGUCCUAAUCAGAAUUUUCAAAGUUAUUAAAAAGCUGUAGACUCCAAAUCGAUAUUUUAAAAUUCUGAUAAUGUAGAAGAAUAAAAUAGAAAUUCGAAUAUGUAAGAGUACUCAAACUUUCAUUAUUUCUAAGAUAAUUAGACUGAAAGUUUAAUACAUUACAAUCCUUUUUCUUCAAAAGAACCAAUUUAAAUUAAAUUAAAUAUCAAAUAAUUUAUUACAUCUGAGUAGUAAAUAAAUCAAUCUUAAAAUUCUCCUAUGGCUUGUAAUUUUUAAUGA